GAAGGGACAAAGAGGCUGUAUCCAUUCUUUCACUAACGCUGUCCAUCUCCGAUCGGGAAGGUGUAACUCUCUGGCUGCCGGACCCGGUUGUUUGAGCGGGCCUCCGGCACUCAAUGACUUCCAAGUCAUUAUUGCUAUUAAACCCUUGUUGAAUGAUACUGCUAAGUUUAUGUUAUCUGGCGGUUCAGUGAUUGCUUCUUGCAAAAACUGGAUACUGCACCUGAGUUCUCGAUCCCAACUUUUGAUUACCCUUCCAAGCUACCAUGUUACACUCUCGCCUUUACUAAACACCCUUCAUAUCUCAUCAGAUCCUAGUGACUUCACAUUCUAAUUUAUUUUGAUUUCUUUGUCUUCCUCAAGACACUAAAUGUGGUAUUACACAAAGAACUUAAAAUACCUUUUAGUCACCUGAGGAGUAUUUAUAACAUGAAUAUUAGCACACAACAUUCAUAACCUACUGAAUCAAUUUCUACGGUAAUACCUCAGAAUCUAUAUUUUGACCAAAACUCCCCCAGACAAUUCUGAUGUGUAAUCUGGUUUAGAAAUCACUAGAAAAAAUCUCAGUCCUGAAUAGUGUUUCAGAUACCAGGUUCUUCUCCCUGCAGCCUAUUUCUACAACCAAAUACGUAAUUUCAAAAAUAAGUCAUGCUGCUGCUCCCUGUUUUAGUUUUCAAUGAAUGCCUAUCCAUAAAGAGUAAUGUUCAAGAUCCUUCACAUGGCAUUCGAUAUAUUAUAUAAUCCAGGUUCUUCUAACCUCUUACUUUUGACACUAUAUUCAUGUCUUAAACAUAAAACUUCUCUACCUAAUUUAAAAAUUUUCCCAUAAAUUUGCUCACGUUCAGAAUGUCUUUCUUCUCUUCUACAUCUGUCCAUCCCUGUAUAUAUUUUGAAGCAAAACAAUCACAUUUUUCCAGUGUAGCAAUUUCUGCAAAUACUUUUUAUAUUUUUGGUAAGAGUAAAUCAAAUAAAAUGCAUACAGGCUAUGCUACACUUUAUAUUACCCUCACAAAAUUUUCUUUUUAAAAUUGUAUAUCAAUGUUAUUUUUCCUUUUAUUGCAUUGUAUUUCAGAGGUCAUUUAUUAAGCACAUGGAAACAAAAAAUGCAACAGAACUGACAGAGUUUGUUCUCACAGGACUUAAGUAUCAGUCAGAGUGGCAAAUCCCCCUGUUCCUGCUCUUCUUGAUUAUAUACCUCAUCACUCUCAUUGGAAACCUUGGUCUGAUUGCUCUCAUCUGCAAUGACCCUCACCUUCACAGCCCCAUGUACUUAUUCCUUGGAAACUUGGCCUUUGUGGAUACUUGGUUAUCAUCCACAGUGACCCCCAACAUGCUGGUCAAUUUCUUUUCCAAGAGUAAAAUGAUCUCCCUUUCUGAAUGUAAGAUACAAUUUUUUUCCUUUGCAAUCUGUGCAACCACGGAAUGUUUUCUGUUGGCAACUAUGGCAUAUGAUCGCUAUGUGGCCAUAUGCAAACCAUUACUAUAUCCAGUGAUUAUGACCAAUAGACUAUGUAUCCGGCUGUUAAUUUUAUCAUUUUUAGGUGGCCUGUCUCAUGCUAUAAUUCAUAAUGUUUUUUUACUAAGAUUAACUUUCUGUAAUUCCAUCAUCAUACAUCACUUUUACUGUGACAUUAUACCACUGUUUAAGAUAUCCUGUACUGACCCUUCCAUUAACUAUAUGAUGGUAUUAAUCUUUGCUGGGAUAAUACAGAUAUUCACCAUUUCUGUUGUUCUUGCCUCUUAUACACUUGUUCUCUUUACAAUAUUAAAAAAGAAGUCCAUGCAAGGCAUAAGGAAGACCUUCUCCACCUGUGGAGCCCACCUCCUAUCUGUCUCUUUAUACUAUGGGCCUCUUCUCUUCAUGUAUGUGCUGCCUGGAUCUGCAGAAGAAAAUGAUCAAGAUAUGAUGGACUCUUUAUUUUACGCUGUCAUAAUUCCUUUCUUAAAUCCAAUUAUCUACAGCCUGAGAAACAAGAAAGUCAUAGAUUCCGUAACAAAAAUGUUAAAGAGAAAUGUUUAGAUUUCAUACUGACAUAUGUUCUCCUUUCAUUAAAACAAUGCAACAUUGUGCAGAUUAGAUGUUGCUAUGUGUUGAUUAUUGCCCAAAGUGUUUGAAUUUAUAGUCGUCUUAUUCUUUUAUUGACUUAAAAUGUCAGUACCUAAUAAAUUCCUUAAAACAACUACAUCUUAAGUGUUUGUAUCAUACUAAAAUAAUUAGAACAUAACACAAUAAUGAAAGUAUUUUACAGACCUGUGUGCCAUUCAAUUUGGAUUUAUAAAUACAUUAAGUACUGAAAUAGUGCUGUUCCUCUGAACAAUACUUGCUUAUGAUAUCUUUGAUAUUUCUACAGCCAAACAGCCAAGAGACAGAUAUAACAUUUAACUCCACAUGGAGGCAGUUUGUAUUUAAAUGGAUAGAGGCAAUUCCCUGGAAUUCUGCUACCCAUCAAAUGGUCUUAUAGUCCAUGUUAUUUGGGGAAUGAUAAAUUUCACUUCUUGUGGGGAUUACACCAUACCACAUAGAGAAAUAAAUACAAACAGGAAAUCAAUGAGGGCAAAAUGACAUGCAAGUUAAGGCAAUGAAAAUAGCUACACUGUAAGAAAUGCUCUUAAUUUAGUGUGUUUCUUAGAGAAAAGCAAGAGGAGAGUUGCCUCUCACUAUGUGAUUUCUGUAAUGUCCUUUCUAGCUAUGUUUGUAUAUUGUAGGUCAAUGUGACAAAUUUCACUAAUCCAGAAAGCCAACAGAUUAGACUGAAGAUGUAAACUGGAUAGGUAUCAAAAAGAAAAAGGAAAUGGCAGAAGGGGAGAAAAAUGGUCAAUCUUCCUAGAAUUAACAAAAUGAAGCUCAUAAGAUAAAGAAAUUAGUGAUCAGUAAUAGUUAUUGGAAUGUGUUGUUGACAACAAGGUGCUUUAAAUACACAUUACAAAAGUUCAAAUUAUGUUAAGAUGAUAUAUCAUAGUGCUCAGCUGCGAAAUACACGACAAUGAAGAAGAGUUUGAAGGUUUCUUCCCUAAAGUCCUUAAAUGUUAAUUUUCAUCACACUCUUUAAGAAUAAUGAGUAGUGCAUCUUCAGGUCUACCCUUUCUAUUGUCUCACAACUUAUUCUAGGUACAUUCUUACUGUUACCACUGUGACCCUCACUUUCAUACCUACCUACCUCUGUGAUUUGCAGAAUUAUAGUUACACAUCCCCUUCAUUUGGUUGAUUCUUACUUCCCAACACAGCUGCCAGAAUACUCCUUGUAAAUAAAUUCAGAUUACAUCAAAUCACUCUUAAAUAACUUUAAGUGGAUUGUCAUCAUUUUCAUUGCUACUGUGUCAUGUAGACACACAGUAUACACACAAACAUAUGUUCAUUUGUCCAUCUGCAUAUUCAUAUUAUAUAUAUAUAUAUAUAUUCACUAAGUCUAUCUCAAUCUUCCUCACCCAGCAUUUGUUCACUCUUGCAUAAUUUGAGGUCCUUUCAAACAAACAUUAUCUUAACUCUGAAGUCUCUUCCCUCCUAUUUCUCCUAAUGAAUUCUGCCCUAUAUUCAAAAUGAUCUACUGAAAGACACUGAUCAUGUCUCACUCCUCAGCUUCAUCCUUUUCCUCAUAUGGGUCUCUCCACAGAGAAUCUAUCCACCAUCCCCUUACCCCCUUCAAAUAUCCCAUAUCUGUUUACAAUUCAAAUGAUGUCCUUUCA